UCGAAUGGAUCAACUAUAUACUAUUCACACUCGUUAUAUGAAUAAAGCAGUUGGAACUGUGUUUUGCUUAUGUGAAGCACGUACUAGUGCAUUAUAUGAAUCAAUAUGGUUAAAAGUAUUAGAACUAGCUCCAGGAAUGAAAAAUAAUGUCAAAUUUAUCAUGAGUGAUUACGAAGCAGCAGCUAUAAAAGUUUUAGAAAAACUUUUUCCAAAUGCAGAUAUUCACGGGUGUUGGUUUCAUUAUAAUCAAGCAGUACUACGUAAAUGGAAUUACUUGGGUUUAACAAAUAUUUCAAAUACCCUGUUGUCCAUGACAAUGACGCUUCCAUUACUGCCACAAGAAUAUUUCAUGCCAGCAUUAAGGAUACUACAUAAUUACUGCGACGCUACACAUUUCAAAUAUGAAGAAUUAUUGCAAUUUCUAACAUAUAUUGAGAAAACUUGGUUGCCUAAGGCAUCAAAAGUUAGCGUAUAUAACUGUCCUGCAAGAACAAACAAUUUAGUAGAAAAUUUCCAUAGUACAAUAACACGAAAAUUGGGUCUUCAUCAAAAUUUAUGGCUUUUUUUAGAUAAAUUAACAAAGUUAAUUAUGGAUCAAGAAAUUCAUUUUAGACGUCUACAAAAUAAUGAGAAUUUAAUGAUUGUGCAGCAACGCAAAAAUAAAGAGCGUAAUUUAAAUAUUUUUCAAGCGCAAACAGAUCUAAUUACAGGAAGGUUGCCCCUUGAACAAUUUUUACGAAUGUUUACCGGAAUAUAUAAAACUUCUUAUUAUCAAAAACAUAUAAAUAUGCAAGAGAAAGAAAAUGUAGCAAACAUCUUAUCUUUGGAAAAUGAAAACGAAGAGAAUUAUGAAAAGGAAACACAAAUUACUACAAAUCAAGAUAUUCCAACAAUUAUAUGUGAACCGGACAUUCAACCUCAAGUUGUACUAACAAGACUCAAACGUAAAGAUUAUGAAAAAUAUAUUGAAAAUGAUCGGCAACCAUUAAAUUUUAUUGAAAAUACUAUUUCGUCAAAUAUUACACGAAAAAGAUGCAGAAGAAAAGUGCACAAAUGUUGUUGAAAAAAUAUCAAUAUCAUAAGAUCUCAGUAUUUUAGCAUUAAUUCUGUACAUUGA